UUGACGGAAACUACUGCCUGACAUGUGGCAGCGACAAGAGUGUGAAACUGUGGAAUCCCCUGCGUGGCCUUCACCUCAAGACGUACUCGGGUCAUGGCUACGAAGUCUUGGAUGCCCAAAGCUCAGGAGACAACUCCCACAUCUGUUCAGGCGGAAUGGACAAGACAGUCGUUCUGUUUGAUGUUUCCACGGGCCAGGCCAUACGUAAAUACAGAGACCAUGCAGGGACAGUGAACUGUGUCAGUUUUAAUGAAGAGUCUACUCUGAUUUUGUCAGGCUCUCUGGAUUGUUCAAUUAGAACGUGGGAUGUACGAAGUCGUAAAAAUCAGCCCAUUCAGGUUCUGGAUGAGGCAAAAGACAGUGUCACUUUUGUCCAAGUAUCCGACCACGAGAUUCUCUCUGGUUCUGCUGAUUCUCGGAUUCGAAGAUACGACUUACGGAUUGGCAGAAUGUUCACAGACUUUGUCGGAAAGCCUGUGUCAUGUGUAAACUUCACCCGGGAUGGCCAGUGUGUGCUGGUGAGUGCACAGGACACGUCCAUCAAACUGUUCGACAAGGACACGGGAGAAAUGCUCAAUGAGUACACUGGGCUGAAAAAUUCCAACUAUAAAAUUGAGAGUUGUCUCAAUCAGUCGGACACUCACAUCUUGAGUGGAUCAGAAGACGGAAAAAUUUAUGUGUGGGAUUUGGUUGAGGCCAAACUGUGCGACACGUUGGACCACGAGACGAGUCGCGCUGUGCACUCCAUCAGCCACCACCCGUCCCAGCCCGCCGUGUUGUCCGCCUGUGGGGACAAUGUCUCUGUGUGGGAGAGUAACAGCGAGGCUGGAGAUGUCUCCUGAGUGGGGGGCCUGGUGGGCAUAUUGUGUUUGAGUGUGUGUUAGUGCUGUGUGUGCGCUACUCGGAAGUUUACCGCUUGGGAGCGCUCGAUGCCAGGCUGGGUACUACUACUCAAGUAUUCAAGCUACGGAGUGCUACUCAGUAGGGUUGGCACAGACCUCUCCCAGUUCGAGUCAAAGGGCAUGACUCAUUAAGGAAGAAUGAGCGUCAAGGGAGACAAUUGUAUCAACUAACAUGAAUAUUUAACCCAUCUAAACCCAACAACAAUGAGUCAAGGCUAUUGGUAACCAGUUCCCUCAAUUCGGCAGCUUAUCUCAAUGUGAUGUUGCUGAUCAUCAAAACAAGACAAGCUCAAUGCUAGUGCUGGGCACGGACUUACAUUUU